AUGUCUCAGCCGCGAUUCUCUGCCGGCACCGACACCGCGAGUGUAACGCCUGCGCUUAAUGCUUUGCUCACUUCAGAGGGUGGACGAUGGACGCUCGCCAAGGAUGGCACGGCUCUGGAGAGACAGUUCAAGUUUAAGACUUUUGCAAAGACAUGGGAUUUCAUGACAGGAGUAUCUCUUGAGUGCAAAAUGAAGAAUCAUCACCCAGAAUGGUCAAAUGUCUACAACACAACCUUCAUCCGCUGGACAACACACAAUCCAGCCGGUCUCUCGGACAAGGACAUCACCAUGGCUGCCCAAUGUGACGUUCUUGCAAAAAAUCUAGGCGAGCUGGCCCCGGAGCCGGAGCCGACAGCCGCGGCCGAGACUGAAGACCAGAGCUGUGCGAUCCGUGGUUUGGCGGAUCGAGCUGCCGGAGCGGCAGGAGAUUGCUGCACGCCCAAGAAGAGUAUAUAA